UCUCUCUCUCUCUCUCUCUCUCUCUCUCGUAGUGUACACUCCUUCGCUGCUCUUAUCUUCACUUCCACGCGUUCCAAAAGAUCUACCCCAAACGCUUCUUUCGAAUCUUCUAUCCAUUCUAUUGUCGUUCAAACCCUAACCCUCUAACCGAUUGUCUCAUCUUCGAUAUCAAAACCCUAAUUUACAGUUUUCGAGCUGAAAAAUCGAAGCCAAAGCAUUCGAUCUUUGUUUUUCUACCUUCGAAGAUCAGAUUUUUCGAAUAACGACCCCUACUUUAACAGCCUUUGAGGUUGGCGCUUCGUAAGUGAAAAGUCGUAGUUUCUGAGCUUAAAAUUUGAAGCCUAAAAGCUCUGGAUUCGCCGAUUCCUUUGGGAGGGUCGUCUUUGAGACUGGUAUUAUAUUAGACGGUAACUGAUGGAAUUUGAAAUUCAAUUUCAAACGUUAGAGUUUUGAAGCUUUGAACUGGUUUCUUUUCGAAGUUUGAUGAUUUGAAGCCUUCAAUUUUUGAGUGUGUUCGAUUGCGGUUAUUGAUACUUGUGUAUUAUCUGAGUAUUUGAGAGAAAAGAAGUUUUGGGUGUCAACGAAAUGUCGGUAGAGAGAUCAUUUGAAGCAUGGGAAGAAGUGCAACGUCACGGCCAAGACUUGGCGGACCGGCUUGCACAGGGUUUCACGGGCUUGAUUCAAUCUCACAUUAGUACCCCAUCAUUUUCAUGGCCCAAUCCUCAACCACCAAAGUUUUUUGAAGUCGAAUUUCCCACUCAGAGUUUUAUGAAAAGGGAUUUUGGACUUGCAGUUGAUAAUUCUGGAAUUAAUGGGGUUUCGGCGAUUUUUGAUAUUGGGAAUAGGAUUGGGCAAGCAGGGGUGGACUUCGGGGCUUGUGUGAAUGGUGUGGUUCAGCAGUUUUUCAGGAGGUUGCCAGUACCGUUUCGGCAAGAUGAGAAUGUGGAGGUGUCAUUGCGGACAGAGCUAAAUUGCCAGAGGAUUGACGUGGGUGCUACUGUGCAGGAGGAUUUGGGAUUAUUGGCAGAGCGGUUUAGGGAUUGUGGGUUUGCGGAAACUGUCACAGUUUCGGAUGGGUCGGUGGAGGAAGAGAUUUCUGGGUUUAAUUUGAAAACUGCUGGACUUUUCGGUAGUUCACAGGGGACCCUUAAUGUAACAUCGACAUAUGACAGCAGUACUCGUGAUGUGGAAAGUUCUUUGGUUGCAAGGGGAGACUUGUGGAGAGUAGAAGCAUCACGUGGCAGUUCAACAUCAGGAAAUGAGAGUUCCUCUCUCUUUCUUCUUCAGCUUGGCCCAAUACUUUUUGUUCGUGAUUCCACUCUUCUUUUGCCCGUUCAUCUGUCAAAGCAACACUUGCUUUGGUAUGGUUAUGAUAGGAAGAAUGGAAUGCACACUCUGUGUCCAGCUGUUUGGUCGAAGCAUAGGAGGUGGCUAUUGAUGUCGAUGAUCUGCCUCAACCCUUUGGCCUGUUCGUUCAUGGAUUUGCAGUUUCCAAAUGGUCAACUCACAUAUGUAUCUGGUGAGGGCUUAUCCACCAGUGCUUUCCUACCUCUUUGUGGUGGUCUGCUUCAAGCUCAGGGUCAAUAUCCUGGAGAGAUGAGGGUCAGUUUCUCCUGCAAGAAUAAGCGGGGAACACGCAUCACACCAACAGUACAAUGGCCUGACAAAUCGUUAACAUUAGCUUUGGCCCAAGCUUUGGCUUGGAAGAGAUCUGGUCUUCUGCUGAGGCCAACAAUCCAAUUCAGUUUAUGCCCCACAUUUGGUGGAAGCAAUCCUGGGUUGCGGGCAGAACUUAUAAAUACCGUGAAGGAGGACGUGAGUCUUAUCUGCGGUUGUGCAUUAGAGACACAUCCUUCUGCAUUUGCUUCACUAUCUGUAAGUUUCUCCUUUACGAGAUUGUAUUGUGUCCAAAAUAAUUGGAUCUGCCCAUAUGGCGUUUCGAUCCUCUGAUGAUACGGUGGAGUAAUCAAAGCAGGGCUGUAUACCACGGUUGGUUGGAAUACUAGUAUGUGAUCUGAACUUCAGGGAGUGUGCUUAGGAAUGCUGAAUCCCCAUUGUAGAGCAGACUUGAUUCAAUUUGUUUUGGCUUUCUGGUACCCUAUCAAAUGCUCGAUGCUUCCUUUCUGCAUUGGAGCCAGUUCUUGGAGAGCAUUUACCCCACAUAUGGAUUUGACAUAUUUUCCUGUCUGAUUGUCUUGAAACACUUUUAAUUACUAAUACACUGUGCAUUGACCAACCAUGCUAAACUUUGUUCAAAUGGUUCUUCUAAAUAAGGGAAGUAAGGAUCUCAUUGAAGUAGAAAUGAAGAAUCAGAAAUAACAUUACUGACGGGGGGAUGUUACUGAUCAAAGAAAAUUUUGUCACUUAGAAAAAAAUCAUGUUAUUUAUGAGCUUUACCUGUUAUUGCACCUCACUUUUGUUUGCCAUUGCUUAGUUGUAGUACUUUCUUUCAUACUGCCUUACAAAUGUAACAUCGAUUAGCUAAUUUCGUGUUGUUUACACGUUAACUCCUUUCUCCUGCAGCUUGGCCGGUCAAAGUGGAAUGGGAAUGUUGGGAGCUCAGGGUUAGUCGUAAAGGUUGAGACUCCUCUUGGAAAUGUUGGCUGGCCUUCCUUAUCUGUUCAGUUGAAUAGUGGUAUUGAGUUUUGAGCAUUGCAUGAUGAAAUGUGCAGUUAACUGUAUAUAGUUUGGAAUUUUGUACACAUACUAUAAUUAAUCCAUAUGUGAAUAUUCUGACAGUUUUUCAAAUGAAUGAUAAACAGACGUGCAAAAAU